AUGACAGCGACGAAUUGGGACGGAGAGACCCUGAGGGGGCAGCAGAUCACCCAAUGGAGGGGUAGUUUAGUCAUUUAAGCGGCGCAUGUUCAGCAGCCGCUGCGGCUGAGCGUGGGCGCCACGUGGAGCGCGACGACGGCACGCGUUCGCCUUGGCGCGCGAGGCUGCGACGGUCGGUCUUGCGCACCCGGGCACGCCGUGGCCCCUUCCGACCCGACGACGUGGCCACGCCACGUCGGCGGAUCCACCUCUCGCUCUCGCUGCGCCCGCGGGGCACCGUACCUAUGGGUCCUGGUGGUUUGACUCUGACCGCGGGUCUCCGUCUUCUCGCCUUCUUCAUCGAAGAGGCAAAAGAAAAAGGGGAAAGCUGCGAAGGUCUGCACUUGGUCGCCAUGGCGUUGUUCGUGUCGAAACAGCAGAUCUGCUGCGCCAGAUUACUCGCCUUCUUAGCGCAUGUGUCACUGUUGCCCAAAGGGAGUUCAUCAUCAAUUUCUUAUGCCAACUGUGUCUGGAAUCUAUUAGCCGGUCAGUGCCUCUCCCACAAGCAGACAUGCCUGGCAAUGCCUUCCUCCUUGCUUAGGAAGACGGGAGAAGCAGCUAAAAGCUAUAGCCUCACUACCGGGAGCUGCUCGGUGGACAAAUGUCCGCAGAAGCUGCCACUUCACUCCUCGAACAAUCAUGCACAGCUCAAAAGUCAAUAGAGUAUAUGUGCUCUUCAAUGAUUGAUUGAUCUGAUCCAAUAGGGAUCAGCAUAAUAAUUGGAUCGGAUUCACUUUUCAUCUCGCCAAAAGGAUCCUUUGACCGAAAGAGAUGUAUUGGCAUUAGUUCUUUUUAAUAAUUCUAAAUCUUCCAAAAUUCAUAUAUUUAGAAAACUAGAAAUCCAUCUUUGUAGGUCUACCUAAUACCACUUUGGUACAUUGUCUUAUUUUAUAUGUUUAUUUUCUGUAGGAUAAUAGAGAUACUGUAAUUUAAAGAUAAAUACCGUUCCACUUAUUAAUCUUUAAUCAAAUUGUUGAUCGGCCUUUAGUUGGGACCCAACUAACAUAGGACACGGCCCAUCUUGUUGGCCCAAAAAGGUUUUCAUUUGAAAUUCUACGGUCCAGAUUUCUCCAAGCCGGGGAAGUAAGAUGAACGUGGGCCGUUGGAUUGAUAUCGACGCCCAAGCACGUCCGAUCUCUUUAUUGGCAGCAUUUGUACCUUCUUUCGCGCAAGCAAGGACGAGAAUGGCGGGAGGCAGAGUUUCGAGUUCGAGCCCAUCCGAUCUGCUCCAAAGAAUCAAAGGUUUCGUCCGGUCUCUCGUUGAGGAUCUCAGCAACGAUCGACCUCCUUCGGUUGCCCUCGAUCGGUACAGGAACUACUGCCACGAUCCUUCUGGAAACUGCACUUGCGGUGACAACUUACCAAAUGGCAAGGAAAUAAUCUCGGUCGAGAGGGAAAGUCAUGCAUACAGAUUGCUUGUCUUGUUUAGGGUGCUGCUAAUAAUACAGCAACUUUUACAAGAAAACAAACAUGGAUCGAAGAGAGACAUCUACUACAUGCACCCCGCUCUUUUCUUGGAGCAAGCAGUUGUUGAUCGGGCAAUCAACAACAUUUGCAUUCUCUUAAAGUGCAGCCGUCAGCAUCUCAAUGUGGUGCCUGUAGGGAGAGGAUUGGUGAUGGGUUGGUUGAGAUUUCUAGAAGCUGGUAGGAAGAUUUAUUGCAUAAAUAGCCCCAGCACUGUCUAUCCUAUUCCUGUGUGUCUUGAAGAAGUAGAAGAUAUUGUCAGUGUUGCCAGAUUUAUUAUUGUUGUAGAGAAGGAAUCAGUGUUUCAGCGGUUAGCAAAUGAUAGAUUUUGUGAGAGGAAUCAUUGCAUUGUCAUUACAGGAAGAGGCUAUCCGGAUGUCCCUACAAGAAGGUUCUUGUGCCUUCUUGUACAACAUCUGCAUUUGCCAGUGUAUUGCUUGGUAGAUUGUGAUCCUUAUGGCUUUGACAUCCUGAUGGUCUAUAGGUUUGGUUCCAUGCAAAUGGCGUAUGAUGCCAAUUUGUUGCGUGUACCUGAGAUAAGUUGGCUCGGAGUCUUCCAUUCAGAUUUGCAGAAGUACCAUCUUCCAGAUCGCUGUCUUCUCGAGCUGACAUCUGAUGAUAAGAAGAAAGCUGAAGCAAUGCUGCUGAGAUGCUAUUUGCAAAAGGAAGCACCAAAAUGGAGGAUGGAGCUGGAAGUCAUGCUACAAACUGGAGUAAAAUUUGAGAUCGAAUCAUUAUCUGUCAACUCGCUUUCGUUCUUAUCAGAGUACAUCCCCACGAAGAUUCACGAUGGAAGUUACCUAUAGGUUCUGUUGUACACAUGAUUUUAUUAGUUCGAGGCUACAAGGCCAAGAUGUGGAUGAGUUUUGGGAGUACGAAGCAGCAAAUGGUGCAAGUUGGUGAUAGUGGUGAUAGUUUAAGAUGACGAAUCCAACUUGCCACUCGCUGAAGGCAAUGACUAUAAAGCUUAAUAUUCUGCAGGAAUCAGCAUGUCAUCCAAAAGAAAGAGAACAAGUAAAGCAGCAAAAGCUACGGCCUUAAGGCAGCCAAUUAAUUGAACCCAAUGCCCAAAUAUGUUGUUGGAUUGCCUCCGGAGUCUGUGAUGGCUAAUCCUUGAGUCUCCAACUGAUGGCAGAUCACGUCAAGAAUGGAGAGUUGCAUGUGGCCCUCGCAAGACCGGUCUCCCCUUCAUGCCUGUCCAAGUCAACUUAGGGUCGACUAGCUUUCCCGGAUGCGGUAGUCGACGUUCAGAAUUUUGCUGUAGUGUAACACUGAACAAGGAAGGAUAGUGGAGACAUGGGCUGUGUCUGUUGCCGUUUGGAUGGGGAUAACUUGAUUCAGCUAUUUGAAGAUGUGGAACACAAUCAUCAAGUCUUGAAUUCCCUACUAGCUCACAUCUGUGCCUCAUGAAAGAUUACUGGUUGUUUUUAUGAAUAAUCUUCCAUGAAUGAGCUGCAACUGGGUGAAGAUCUUGCAGAAGAUGGCAUUUCUCUGAUGUAGUACAAGUUCGAGAACUUAGAAGAGUACUAGUAUUUGUUUUCAUCUUUCCAUUGGUCCAAUCAUGCUAAAGACUGGGAAGCAAUUGACUGCAAGUAGCUAAAGAAGUGAUUUAUUUUGAUUCAUUGUUUCAGAGGAGAGAACGAGUUGCUCCUUCAGAUGUGCAGGAGGCAGUUCCUCCAACUCCUACGUCUCCGGUAGGAGUUGAUACAGACUUUUCUUUUCCAAGGCCAUUGUCAUACGAUGAUCCCAGACUCACUCAGUCGCAGUGCCAGAAUAAUGGACUUGUGUUAGGGCGUGCCGAGGUUCCAACGCAUCUUCAUAAAAAAUCUGAACCACUCAGAUCUGAAAAUGUUACAGACGCAGAAUCAACAGACAGAAAGGAGAAUAUUGAUGGAUCCAAGGCAUGUGUUUCUGAGAGUUCACUGAAGCUGCAAUCAGCACAAAUGACAGUGGGAUGUUCACUAUCUGAGGAUGAAGAUGUGUGUCCAAUAUGCCUUGAGGAGUACACAUAUGAAAAUCCAAGGGUUGAUAUGCAGUGCACUCAUCAGUACCACCUCGGCUGUAUAUAUGAAUGGAUGGAGAGAAGUCAAAACUGUCCAUUCUGUAGCAAGAUAAUGCUUUUUAGCGAAGAAACAUGAUCACGUCUGUCUCACGGGUCUCCCUGUGGAGGUUAAUACUCGAAGCUGCAAAUUUCCUGUGAAUGCGAGUUUUGAAGCUGCAGAUGAAAGAUUGUUUCCAUUUGGAUAAGCUUUGCCCCGUGGUUUCUUUACUUCUCUUAAUUUUCUAUUUUCUUUGUCGUUCACUUUCUGAGACAAAACCUUCUUCCAGAAAGUAAACUGAUAUCACAUAUAGAAUUGCGGAUAUGUUGAUCGUA